CGGGGCGGCCAUGGCGGGGUCGGUCCUGUGCUGCCUGCGCUGGUGCCGGGACGGCGGGCCGGGGCACAUCCCCCUCAAGGAGAUGCCCGCCGUGCAGCUGGACACGCAGCAGAUGGGAACUGAUGUUGUCAUUGUCAAAAAUGGAAGAAGAAUAUGUGGGACAGGCGGUUGCUUAGCCAAUGCACCCUUGCAUCAGAACAAAAGCUACUUUGAGUUUAAAAUCCAGUCCACAGGAAUCUGGGGUAUUGGAGUUGCAACUCAGAAAGUUAACUUGAAUCAGAUUCCUCUUGGCCGAGAUGUACAUAGUCUUGUGAUGAGGAAUGAUGGAGCCCUCUACCACAACAAUGAGGAGAAGAGCAGACUGCCAGCAAACAGCCUUCCCCAGGAGGGAGAUGUGGUGGGUAUUACGUAUGACCAUGUAGAGUUAAAUGUAUAUUUGAAUGGGAAUAAUAUGCACUGUCCUGCAUCAGGGAUAAGAGGGACGGUGUACCCUGUUGUUUAUGUUGAUGACAGUGCAAUUUUGGAUUGUCAGUUCAGUGAGUUCUAUCAUACUCCUCCAACUGGUUUUGAAAAAAUACUGUUUGAGCAGCAGAUCUUCUGAAUACUGUAGUACUGGAUUCUUGGACCCCUGCACUGUUAAAAGCCUUUAUCAUCCUAAUAAAGUUUCACCUCACCUAUCAGAACCCCAUUCUCUGUUUUUACUAAGUGCUUGUGAAUGUUGUGAAUGUUAAAAUACCACAUCAGAGACUGUAAUUAAAAAUGUUAGGUUGUGUUUUGUGAUGUGAUAAUUUGACAACCAUGACAAUGUGAGUGAUUCCUGUGUAUAAGUGGAAACCAGUGGGUUUGAUUGAUGUUAAAUGGCUGUUUGGAUACUCAGUACAUUUUGAAAGAAAAUUUUAUUUCUUAGAAGAGAACUUGUUUCCAUUAAGGUACAGAGUUAUGAAAUGCCAUUUUGUUGUGGGGUUUUUUUUAAGCCCUGUGGUACUGUGCUAAGUGUGCAGUCCUGUCUUGUUUUAAAGCGUGCUUUUCAUACGAAAGGUGGAAUGAGACAAUGUAAUUGGCAGCUGUUUUUUUUUCUCUUGUGUAAAAUUUGCCCUGGCUUGCUUAAUUUGUGAAAGUAUCAUUGUUUUUGAUUGCUUUCAUUGUAAGAAAUAAUAGAAUGUAUAUUUCAGUAAUUAUGAAAGCAUUUUUUUCAAGUAAAAAAGCAAAACUGAAUGCAAGAAAUAUUUAUGAAGAUAUCCAUCCUGCAUUACUCCAAAAAGGAAGUACAGAUUGCUCAACCUUGUAACAUACACUGGCAUGUUAUCAUGAAGCGUUUCAUGUAGUAAGUAAACUAGAGUCAAUUUUUAUGGAAUAUUUUAUUUCUUGUUUUCUCUGCAUUGAAUAAUAAAAUUAAUAGUGUUUAAGAUAUUU